AAUUCGUAAAGCGGUGGUGUCGUCGAUGUUAGUUCCCCUUCCCCUUCCUCCGCGGAAAACCCUAACCCCGCCCAGGUUGCUCCUCGCCGCCGAUCCCCACCCCAAAUCCGAACCCCCUCCUCAUCUCCUUGGGUCCCCUUUGCGCGCGCCGCCAUGCCGGACGUGCAGCCGCUCGUCAGCGACUUCGUCCUCAAGCUUAAGCGCCGUGGUCAGAAAGGUGGAGGGGUCGCAUGCCGUGGCGCGGCAGACAGCGGAGCUUCUGCGGUCGGUGGUAUCGCAACACCGGAUGGGCAGCAGCGCCAACCAGGCGGCCGCGCUCGCUGAUGCCGUACGCGCCGUCGGGGAGCAGCUCAUCGCCGCCAAUCCCAUCGAGCUUGCUGUUGGAAACAUUGUGAGACGUGUUUUGCAUAUAAUAAAAGAGGAGGAUAUAUCUGCUACAGCAGUUGGUAUUGAAGGCCUUUCUGUUACCGUUGACAGUGAUGAUGAAUAUGACAGUGAACAUGAUGAUCGCCCUUCAUUGUCUGCUGCUGUUCUUGCUGCACAUGCUAGAAAUGCUCUUCGUGCACCUUCUUUGCAGACUCUCCUAGAAGAUAUUCCUGUGAGUCCUGCAAUUUCACGCACUGCGUCAUCAACUGGGGACUCAGACGGAAAAAGUAAAUCUGGAGAUAAGAGCUCAACUAGGAAACUGAAGCAUGAUGUCAUUGCAGCCAUUGGUGAUCUUAUUGAUGAGAUUGACUCAUGCUAUGAGCCGAUUUCUGAGCAAGCUGUGGAACUUAUUCACCAGAAUGAGGUAAUCCUUACUUUAGGUCGUUCUAGAACUGUCAAGGAGUUUCUGUAUGCUGCAAAGGAGAAGAAGAGAUCUUUUCGUGUAUUUGUUGCAGAAGGUGCUCCAAGAUAUCAGGGCCAUGUUCUUGCAAAAGAGCUGGUUGAGAAAGGUGUACAAACUACUGUUAUAACAGAUUCAGCAGUUUUUGCUAUGAUCUCUCGAGUUAAUAUGGUCAUAGUUGGAGCUCAUGCUGUAAUGGCAAAUGGUGGAGUCAUUGCACCAGUAGGGAUGAACAUGGUUGCACUUGCUGCCCAAAGGCAUGCUGUGCCCUUUGUUGUGGUUGCUGGUAGUCACAAGUUGUGUCCUUUGUAUCCGCACAACCCAGAGGUGUUGCUGAAUGAGCUUAAAUCACCGUCUGAUUUGCUCGACUUCGGCGACUUUUCAGAUUGUAUGCAUUUCAGUACUCAGGAUGGUAGUCCCCUACUGAAUGUUGUCAACCCGACAUUUGACUAUGUGCCACCGAAGCUUGUGAGCCUAUUCAUCACUGAUACUGGAGGGCAUAGUCCAUCUUAUAUGUACCGGCUUAUUGCUGAGUAUUACUCAGCUGAUGAUCUGGUAGUGCGACGGAAGUCAACAGCUUGAAGGAGCAGAAAAGCAUUCUAAAGGUAACUUCACUACAGGUGUUUUUAGUGCUUAUUAUCACAAAUCUUCGUCUGCGCCCUGCAGAUGUUGCUCUCUUUGGUGAAAUCGCCUAUUGUGCGUUCAGUUACUGUCGAACUGUGGGGAAUUGAUGCAAGCAUUCUCCUUUUGGUAGCUGCAUCGAUUGCGGCAUUUUGGGUGUAAACUGUUGAGCAAAUGGGGGUGUGACCUAUCAUGGAUGGUUGUUUAGCUAUAGAAGAUACAGAUAUAUGAUUGAGUGUAGAGGGUGGCUGUUCCAUAUCCGUGCAUCCUGGCCUGGGUUGGGCCGAAUUUUGUCUGUUCUACAUUCAAGCUAUUUCAUGUGUAUCAAGUAUUAUUGAGCA